AUAUUUAACACAUUUCCAGAAAGACGUCCAUUGUAUUUUUCUAACGAGAAAUUACACAGUUUAUGUAGGACGACACCAGCCGCUGGUUUCCGUUUACUGGAAAGAGCCGGCAGCUCUCGCCAUGAUGCGGUGGCCAUCGGUGCGCCCUGCAGCAGCCGAGCGACGUUCAUUUCCGUCGUGCAACCGUGUCCUUCCUGGUUUACGGCGGCUCGCAUAAUGACACCGCGCUAGAUAACCCAAGUUUUCUGGGGGGCGAUGCCAUCGGACAAAGGGAGGGUGAGCUGAGCUGCGUUUGCUCCGCUCCAUUGCCCCGUGUAGCUUCCAUAUAGCACCGCGCAUAUAUUUCCGUGAGUUUGGGCUGCUAUGCACCGUCUGCUCUGAAUCAGCCCAAAAUGCCCGACUGCUGUGCCGCAGCGAAUUGCAACCAGUGCACAGACCAGUCUAGCAUUGCGUUUUUUAGGUUCCCGCUGGACCCCGAUCGGUGUAAGCAAUGGCUGGACAACUGCCGGAGACCAGAUCUUGAGAACAAAACACCUGAACAGCUGCACAGGCUCUAUAAACUUUGCGCCAGGCACUUUGAACCCUCACUGAUAUGUAGACAUAGUGCCCUUCGAACAGUCUUGAAAGAAGAUGCUGUUCCCACCGUUUUUGACUUCACGAGUCACUUGAACACUCCGCAGAACCGUAACCGGAAAAGGAUACGGGAGACGACUGAAGAAGAGGAUAUAACUAUAAAGAAAACUAAAGAUGAUUAUCUUCCAUCAGAAGUGAAGGAUGAGCCAGGCGAGAGCAGUCUAACAUCCAGCCUGAUACAGGACGACAUCAAGAAAGAGGAUGUCACCACUUCUAAGGCCAAGGAAACCUUGAAAUUGUAUUUUAAGGAGACUCUGGCUUUCACUGGAUUUAGCAUCAGGAAGGAUGUCAAUUCUAAAGUUGUCGAGCCCCUGGGAAGUCAUGGAGAACUGCACUGUGUCAGCCCGAUAUGUGUGGAGAAGAUCGACCAGAGAGAAGUUCUGCAGUUCACUGAGGACCUCAUGCGGGAUGAGAUACGGAAUAGCCUGAGGUCUGCACGCUUCUUCUCCAUCCUAUUACAGGAGGUUGCUAACAUUGAAGGUAAAGAUCAGAUACCUGUGUUUAUCAGGUCUGUCACCUUGGCUGGAUUUCCGCAGAAACACCUCAUGGGCUUUCUGCCCUGUGACGCUGAUGCGGAGGGCUUGGCUUAUAUGCUCCUAUCUGCUAUACGCAAUAAGUGGGGGCUGAGGAUGGAACACUGCAGGGGACUUACAUACCUGGCCACUGGAGACAUCUGCCAGAAGAUGAAGGACCUGUCCAGCAAAAUACUGCAAGAAUUCCCCCAAGUGGUUCUGGCACCCAGCGACCCUUACGCCUUCAACAUGUGGCUCAUUCGCUGCAUGCCUCUCCUCAACAUACAGAAGGUCGUGGACACUGUGGAAGAGGUUGCUGCCCUCCUGCGCAGAUCAUCAUCUCUCUCAAAGAAAGUAGAAGACAAGAUCAGUUCUUUGUAUGGACACAUGAAGGGGGAGGUGGAUAGGAUCAAGGAGGCAUGUCAGAAUCACUGGGAGUGUGGCGUGGAUGCUUUUCAGACCAUGUUGGAUCUUUUGGAGCCACUCCUCUGCUGCAUUAACGAGAUGAGUCCCGAAGACCCAGAUAACUCUGAGCUUGUGAGGCGGCUGAAGCCAGUCCUGAAGGAUUUCCAUUUCAUUAUCACGCUUGUGGUUCUGAAAAACACGCUGUGCUGCGUGAGCAUCCUGAAUCCCAGCCUCAGAGGAACAAUAAGCAUCAGUAGCACUCUGCAGUACACAAUAUCAAACGCCUUAAAGCUGCUCAGCAAACACAUGCAAGAAAUUGCGAUUUUCCACCGAAAGUGGUUCUCGGAUGCGGUAUGUAGGGCAAAGAAACUGGGCGUUGAUGUCUCCCUGCCGGAGUGCAGUGAGGAGGACAGCAACUCGAAAGCCGUCGCGAACUCGCCUGAAGAUUUCUACCGGGAGACCCUGAGCAUUCAAAUCUUGCAGUAUCUCACAGAGUCUGUGAAGAAGGUGUUCAGCACAGAGAUGGUCCGCAUCCUCAGGUGGUUAUCCCUGGUCCCAUCCUACAUGGCUGACCACAACUUCAGCAUCCGUAAGGACAAGGUGGCAGACGCCAACUUGAACAACCUGGCCAGGCCUGACUCCUUCUAUGACGAGCUGGGCUGCUGGGAGGUGAAGUGGAAACACGCCAGCAAACGCCGGAUCCUGCCUACGACUGUUUUUGGGACCUUAAAGAUCCCAGAUAUUGGAUUCUAUCCUAAUGUUCAGAGCCUGCUGAAGGUACUAGGCACAAUUCCAUGUGUGAACGCAGAGGCUGACGUGUAUGGGCAGUACGAUAUGGUGCUGGACCGAUACAAGUCCUACCUGCACGCCACACCAGAAGACCAGAGGCUGUGCAACAUGGCGUUCGUCUUUGUCAAUCAGGAUGUGCACUUCAGUAUCGAAGAGAUGGUUGACUCCUUUGUCAAGAAGCAUCCCGAAAUAUUGGAGUUGCUACAAAUGGAUGACGAGAACCACAAGAACCAAGUCGCAGACUCAGAGAAGAACCCCUCAAAAGAAGAGAUUGAGGAAAAUCAGAUAAUGACUUUUGGGGGUGAGGAUGAGAAGAUGGAGACCUCUCAGUGUAAAGGGACGGAUAAGGCGGCUUUGAGGUUGGCCUUGCGGAGUGCCGUGAAGGCAGCCUGUUCCAGCUACAGCAAGCAGCCAGGGGAGGCCUUUGCAGAGCUGGAAGGGGAGGUCGAAUAUGUGUCUAAAUCUGAGAUGAAGGAAGUUCUGUCUGUGUGCGAGAGUUCAGUAAGGGAAGGAAUUCUUUCUGAGGUGGGGAAUUCAUUUUUUUCCCUAUUCAUCGAUCGAGUCGUGAAGCUAGGAGAUAGAGAAUAUCUCCCCCUCUUCCUCAGGUUUGUGGACAGCUUUGAUGCCAUGAGGUUGGAAUUGAUCGGAUUCCUAGAGGCUGAUCUUGAUUGUGACUCCAUGUCAGAGCGCCUGCUUGAGAUUGUGACAAAGGAAUGGAGACUUGAUUUCAAAAACUGCAGGGGUCAGGCAUAUCUAGGUUCGGGAGAUGUUUUUUACAGACUGAAGGCCUUUGCAUGCAAAAUUCAGGAGAAAUACCCUCUUGCUAUCUGUACACACAGCUCUUGCUAUUCUUUUAAUACUUGGUGGUCAAUGUCAGUACCCAUACCUUCCAUAACUCGAGCACUGGAGACAAUGGAAGAAGUUGUGUUAUUUUUUAGCAGUGAGCUCGCACUGGAAAAGCUACUGGACCAGGUAAUAGCGCUGGGUUUGAGAGAGAGCUAUGAAAAGAUUCAGGAAUUGCAGGGGAAGUUCUGUUCCGUCUGGCUCGAGAAGCACGACUCCUAUGAAGUUUUUGUGCAAAUCUUGGAGCCGCUGGUUGAGUGUUUGGAGAAAAUCAGGGACAACAAACCACAGAGAUUGGCAGCCAGCCUUUCUGAACAAGCAGGGAGAUUAUUACAGUUGAUUAAGGACUUUGAUUUUAUUGUACCUAUGGUAGCCCUGAAGAAUGCCUCUUCCUUUACUCGAGAGCUUAGCUCAGGCCUCCAGAAAGAUCACUUUAGUGCUGCAUCUCAGCUUUGCCAGAUCAGUGGCAUUGUGGCCACCCUCAAUAGGGUGAAAACCAACAUCAAGGUAUUCCAUCAAAAUUGGUUCGAUGAGGCAUGUGCGGUAGCCCAGAGUCUCUCUGUCCAAAUCAAAGUGCCUGACAUUGUUAUUGUGACCAGGGACGGCAUUUUGAAACCGACCACUUAUUACAAAGAUACACUGAGUGUCCCUCUUGUGGACAACCUUAUCAAUGCUGUGAAAGAUCACUUCUCAGUUCAUCACAAGGAGGCCUUGAAUUUCCUAUCAUUGGUCCCUUGUUCUGUGACUGUGAGCUACAUGUUUGAAAUACUGAAAUCAAAACCGCCGCUCUAUAGCAGCGACCUUCCAGAUCCUGACAACUUCUUCACGGAGCUAUGCUGCUGGAGGGUCAAGUGGAAGACGAAAGUUGUUACCGUAACUAUCCCUAACACCAUCUUUCAGACUCUGCGUCUGCCAGUAAUGCAGUAUUUUGGGAACAUUAACACGUUGCUGAGGAUUAUGUCGGUGUUACCCAGCACCACGCUUGAGUACUGUGGGGAGACACUGCGCCACAAGGUGUUCCAGGACUACAUCAGGGAGACGAGCAGUAAGGACAGGUCUCCUUGCUUAGCUAUGCUCAAGGUAGGAACCAACUUCAGCAGGGAUUUGGACCGUAUGGUUGCUCGAUGCUUGAAGAUUACGCCAAAAGCGCUGGAGGGGCUCUGCUUGGAAAAAGAAUCUAAAAGUCUCAAAAAUGCCGAAACACACAAGGAUGGGGAUGGAUCAGAAGACGUUGAAAUGACACCGUCUCUGGAUAUUAGGGCAGACGAAGCUUUGAAACUUGAUGGUGAGAAUGGUCAUUCCGGAGACUACAGGCAGAGCUUGGAGGUUGUGUUCAAGCAGGUUUUGAAGCUGGGAAGAAGUAACUGCCGCUUUUCUGAGCUUUCCAAGGAAGAACAAGACCUGAUAUUACAGAAUCUUAGCCUGUGUGACUGGGGAGAGAGCAGCCGGCUUGACAUGGACAUGGACAUUGACGAGGCUGAAGUCUUGGAUGUUCUUGUGGGGUCCAUUAGACAAGUCGUGCUUUCAGAGGUCCAGGAAUCACCAUUCUUCUCUCUCAUUAUGGAUAAAGUCACCACGAUCGCCAGUAAGAAGUACCUGCCCACCUUUGUGCGAUAUGUUGCUGAUUGCUCGACCAAGGUGGAGCUGCUUGGGUUUCUGCCCUUUGACGAAAAAUGUGACUACGACACCCAGGCAAAGUGCUUCGAGACUAUUCUUACGGACGACUGGGGCCUUCAGAUGAGUUGCUGUCGUGGGCAGGCCUACAUGCGGUUUGGAGCUGGGAGUUUGGCCUUGAAGAAGAUGUCUUUGAAGCUCUUGAACAACUACCCACUGGCAGUAAAUACUCCCAGUGAGUCGUGUGGUCUCGCUUACUGGCUCAUGGGUGCUCUGCCAAUCACUGCUGUCAGCAGGGUGCUGGGGAUAGUGGAGGAUCUUCUUCUGUUCUUUGAGCAGUCUCCGAAAUUGGAGGGGGAGCUGGCACAGGCCAUGGACGGGCUGCUGAAUACACCCAGGGAGGCUUUGGCUGAGGUUCCCGAAACCUGCUGUUCCCGGUGGAAGAAAAGGGAAGACUUUUUUGACAUACUGGUGGACACCUUGGAAGGAGUAUUAAGCUGCUUGGACUGGGUGAGUGGCAAUGCUGGCGCUGUGUGGAGUGAGGCCAUGUCCCUCCAUGCAAGCUUACUUUCUGAAGCUGUGAGAGACACUGACUUCGUGGUCAUAUUGGUACUCCUGAGGACUGCAUGCUUACCCUUCCGAAAUUGCAGCACGGUUUUCCGAUGUGGGAAUCCGGCCGAUAUCCUCUGCGAGGCUGACAAGAUUGUCCCGAUCAUAGAAUCUUUGAGUAACAUGCUAGAGAACAUUGACACCCUACAUCCCCUAUGGUUCGAGGAAGCCACUCGUCUGGCUACCAAAGUAACCUCUGCCCCGAUCAGUUUCCCAGAGGAAUCUGCUAGCUACGAAUCGCCUGAAAACUACUACAAGAAGACCUUGACUGUUCCAAUCUUGGAAUGUCUAGUGGAGGAAAUGAAGUACAACUUCUCCGAUAGCCACCUGAACACUUUGAAACUGCUGUCUCUGCUUCCGACUUGUUAUCCGCAAACCAUGUUCGCAGAUUUUGCAGAAAAACUGGGCAGUAUAUACCAGACUGACCUCCCAGAACCUGACACCCUCCAGGUAGAUGUCUGUAACUGGGCAGGUGUUUGGAGGGAGAAGUACCAGGAUGUUUCUCCGCCGUCAUCCAUCUCUGAGACGCUUCUUCACCCCGAGUCAAAAAACCACGUAAACAUCAGCGCCCUGCUGAAGGUGGUCGCUGUGCUGCCGAGCGUCAGCAUGGAAUGGGAUCUCAUGAAAACGACACUGAACUGCAUGAGGUCCUUCCUGAGAGGUGGGAUCGGUAAGCACAGUCAAACGGAUAUCAUAAUGCUCCACAUGUAUCGCACGACCCUCCAGUCUCUGGACGACAUUAUCAACCAGUGCAUUAAUGUGGACCCAGAAGCAUGCAAGUCAAUUCAUCAAGUACAACAGAAAGUUAAAAGCCUACAGCUGCAAAGUGAGUUUUGCAUCGUGGAGGACAGGAAUCCUGAUAACCCAGAGGAGACCAGCAGCCUGCAUCUAGCGCUGAAGAAUGUGGCUAAACUAUAUGCGCCAGAUUUGCUGAACUCUGAAGGCAGCAACUCCAGCUUAUCUUUUUAUGGCGCCUCUGAACGAGAAGAGAUUCUCAAGGAAUUGUGGGAUUCGCAGUUCUUCACCAUAAUUACCCAUCAGGCUAUGGAGAUUGAUUUGGUGCGUUACGUCCCCGUGUGUGUCCGGUACUUGGACAAGCAGGACAUUCAGUGUGAGGAGACUCUAGCUCUCAUCCCUUGCUGUAUGGAUCCACCUGCCUUUGCGGAUGCCAUGGAGACGGCGCUGUCAGAAAAGUGGGGUCUGAAUAUGGAAUUCUGCCGAGGACAGGCCUCAUUGUGCACUGGGAAUGUUAGGGCCCUGAUGAGGUCUGUCUCUGCUGUUAUAUCACAGAAAUACCCUAUGGCUGUACGGACCGCCAGCUCUGCAGUGUCCCUCAAUGUGUGGCUUGCUAGAUCCCUCCCAAACAUGAGUGUUGCUCGCUGUGUGGUCGCUGCCGAGGAGAUGCUAAGAUGGUUCUCCACUGACAUGCUCCUGCAUAACAAGCUGGAGGACAUGAUCUCCUGGGUGUUCCGACAUGAUGAAGGCAAGCAAAAUAAGCUUACGGACACUCUUAACAGCGACUGGGAUGGGAGCCAUGACAUUUUUGAGACGGUGGUGGAGCUUCUGGGACCGUUCAUGCAUGUGUUGAAUGAAAUGAGAAGUCCAGAGAGCCUUCAGAGAAGCCAGGCCCAGCUCUUGUCCAGGGUAAUUGGUGAUUUUGAGUUCAUUUUUAUAGUGACUGUGCUGAAAAACCUGUUUGGUAUCACCAAAAAACUAAGCCAGGGUUUCCAUGGCAAACCUCUAGACAUGGUAUUGGUUGUUAAUUCCUUGCCUGCUCUUCUGACUUCCCUGGAAGAGGUGAAGAGCAACAUUUACGCCUACCACGAAACCUGGUUUCAAGAAGCAGUGGAUCUGGCUGCCAAGCUGCAGGUUCGGUUGCUGCAUCCAGUGCUUCGAGAAGCCCUUAGCAAGCGUUACAGGAGCACAGUGUCCGUAAUGGCGGUGGAGCACUCUAUUGCCGAGAUCACGGAACUCUUUCCAGACCACACCUUGCGUGUUAUGCGGUGUCUGGCGAUUGUGCCUUACGUCAUGUCGAAAACCGAGGGCGGCUGCCGAGAGACAGACAUAACUGGCGCGUACAAAGAGGACCUUCCUGACAUAAGCUCUCUCCUCCUCGAGAUGGUGUCCUGGAAGUCCAAAUGGACUGAUUCCAUAGCCGCGUACCUGCCCACCACCGUUCUGGAUACGCUGAAGGUCUCUGACAUAAGGUGCUUCACCAACAUCGAGACGCUCCUGAGGGUCCUGGUCGUGCUGCCAUUUGCGAGGAAGGAGAGCACUUUCAAACAAGGGAAGAAAAGCCUUCAAGAAUUCAUGCAACAAAAGAAGAGAUCCCUCUCUGAGCUGUAUCCACUUUGAAAGGUUCCUGCGUUACCAUGAGCCUACAUGUUUCUUACAUUGGCUGUUAUGUACUGCUGAUUCAUGAACUAAAUUUUUCCUAGACUUUAGAUUUCAGUACUUUUUUUUUUUUUAGUGAUUUACCACUUCUGUGUAACUUUAAGUAUAAUCAUUUUUUCUUUCAUGUUUCUUUUAUUAUGGAUUUUUAGGUUAAAAGUGGAGGACUGCCUAAUGGGACCAAUACAUUGCCAAAAAUAUGCCCUCAGCGGGCCCUGAUGUUUGUGUGCCUUAAAAGUUGUCGCGUGAACUGUAAAUGAAAGCCCAGAUCGAGCGGAUUGAGGUGUCUUUAAUCACUGUUGGCAGUCCCUUGUAGGCUUGGAAAGGUUCUUAGGAUCAAGCUGUAGGUUUAGGUCCAGAUGGAGGAAAGGUAUGAUAAUUAUGUGCAUCAGAAACUGUCAAUAAAAAGAGAAACCUUUAGCAUGUGUCUGCAGAAA